AUGCCGGGACGGCCGUCGAGCGGCGCGCGCGGACGCCGCGCGCGCGCGCUCUCGCGCAGAAAGCGUCGGGCGCUCGUCCGCGUCCUAGGCGUCGCGUUGAUGGUGAGUGGAUUAACGGUCGUCGUCUCGAGAGCGUCGACGUGGGCGUCGACGACGGACGUUCGCGGCGAUGGGAUCGACGGCGACGGCGAGAGCGAUGACCCGACGACGACGCGCGAUGCCGCGGUGUGGGGUGGGGGGUGCGGCGUUGGGGGAGCGGCGUUCGGGGAAUCGACGUGCGCGCGCGAAAGGGAGCACCCGGGGUUGGACGUCUUGGCGACGGCGGUGAAGCCGACGUGCGUGAACGCGGUCGCGAUCGCGGCGUUGAAUCAGUACGUUGGUCCGAGAAGGAUCGUCGUCGUCGUUCCGGAUGAGACGCGGUGCGCGGCGUUUCGAGAGAUGGCGACGAAUGUGGAGUGUCGGGCGGAGGAUGAGUUUUUGGGGGGCGUGGAGAGGGGGAGGGUCGAGGCGGCUCUUGAGGAGUUGUACCCGGACGAGCUCGGCGAUGAGGGUGCUCGUUCGCGAUUUGUCGGGCGCGAACUCGGGGGGUGGUACAUGCAGCAGUUGAUGAAGCUCGGUGCGUCGACGUCGAAAGCGAUCUCGUCGCCGCCGCUGAGUCGAAAGUUUCUGAUUUGGGAUUUGGAUAUGAUUCCGUUGCGACCGCUGGAUUUGUUCAAAAAGGACGACGUGGGGCGUGCGAAGGCGAUUCGGCAGAUCGGUGGGAAUGUCAUCAAGUCGUAUGAAUCGUCUUACGAGACGCUCACUGGAGAGAAGAUGACGUACGCCAAGGACGGGACCUCAUACGUGACGCAUCAGAUGGUCGUAGACGCCGACAUUGUGGAGGAAAUGCUCAGCGUGUUCGCGCGACGGGCGACGCGCAUGACGGGUGUUUUCGCUGAAUUUCCUCCUUGGGUGACGUCCAUCUUAGAAUCGGCUAACCGGAAAGAUCUCAAGCUCGGAUUUAGCGAGUACGCGUCGUACGCGUCGUACGUUGCUGCGCAUCACGAGGACGAAGUGGAAGUGUUACCAACGAAAAAGUGGGCACGUGCGAGCGGGGGAAAGCUCGGGAUCGCUUUGCAACGGUGGACACACAAAUAUGGUCUGUGUUGUCCACGCCCGGGCGUGCUAAAGAUGAUGAAAUCGAGGCGUUUGGACUACGUCGGACACGAGAUCGGGCACGUCGACAGCUGCAGGUAUAACUCACCUGAGCACGAAUUCUCCUACGGUUUACCGCUGCGGAACUAA